GAGUCUGAGGAGUGAAAGUAAAAAGUUCGGCGGUACCGUGUUCGUCCCAGAUGUGAAGAUGGGCGUAAUUAUUUUCCUUUUUCUGUCAGGAGUUCUGUUCAUCUGUGACGGGCUCCAUGUGCUAGGACCUUUUGGUCCUCUGAUAGUGGAGCUGGGGGGCUCAGUGAUGCUGCCCUGUUAUGUUGAAGCCCCCAUACCACUGGAAGAGCUGGAAGUGGAGUGGAAGAGAACAGACUCUGAAACUGUAGUACAUUUAUUCCAAGAUGGAGAAAGUCGACCAGAGGCUCAGGACCAGGCUUACAGUGGAAGAGCCCGUUUCUUUACUGAGGAGGUUGAGCGUGGAAACUUCUCUCUCCUGCUCACAAAUCUGACCUCUAAAGAUGCAGGAGUUUACAACUGUUCCGUUUACAGACAGCAGGAAACUGGUCACACAUCGGUCGAAAUAAAGGAGAUUGAGCGUUUGAUUGUGACUGGAGGUCAUGUCGUAUCUGCGUAUGCGAGUGAGGACAUCACUAUGAAUUGUUCUGUGGACUCCAGUGUCCCACCUGAAAAGCUUGAGGUCUUAUGGAAGACAGUGGAUCAACAGAUUCCAGUGCUGUUCUUCGAAAAGGGUGAGGUCCGGACUGAAUCAACCCAUGAGAGAUACACAGACAGAGUGGAGUUCUUCAGCCCUGAAGAAAGGCAGAAAGGAAAUUUCUCACUUAGAUUAAAGGAUCUCCGAACUGAGGACAAAGGCCAUUACAUAUGUGAAGUGUCCUCUGGGGACUUUUCAGCUAACACAACUGUGGAAGUGCUGCAGCUGGGUUUUUCCAGUAUGCACACAGGGACAUUGCUUCUCUGUGUGCUGGCUUUUGUAGUUCCAGUUUUUCUAAGCUAUUCAGCGUCUACCUCUUUAACAAAAAAUGACGACAGCAGAAGAGCCUUAGCUGUACAGUAUACGCUUGUCUGUUGUCCAAACAUUGCUAUGUGCCUUGCCUUUAUCCUUUGGGGCGUCAUUGAAGGGUUCUACAGAGAGGCGGCUACUUGCUCGGCCCUUAACCUGAUGAGGAUUCUUUCCCUGUUUUGGAUUGCUCCUUAUUUGGAUACAUUUAAAGAGAACCUCCAAAGAUUCAUUAAACGAACAGCAAUUACACUAGAAUAUGCUGUGAUAACUGCUUUCUCUUAUCCAGGUCUGAUUGUGCGCUUAUGGGACAUAUAUCAGAAAGACAAUGAUUACAGAGUGCUGCUGACAAUAAUUUUUCUGAUGUUACUGCUGCUUGCAUUGUGCAUAAGAACCUUUAUACAAGGUCUUACAAGCAUCAUCAAGAAUGAAGGAUUAAUAAAUUAUCAUCUAACAGAAGUCAUUAAUUAUGGACGAGGGGUUGUUAUUGUUGUGAUAUAUAACUUUAUUACCACUAAUGUUGUGCUAGCAUGGCUGCCAAUCCUGACAGUGUGUUUUUCCUUCUGCAGAUGUCAAGGCCUCUUCAAUAGAGGAUCAAAGGUUUUGAUCUGGAUGUCAGUUCUGUUAAUCUUGGAGGUCAUAAGCGCAUCAUCAUCAGUCUACAUUCAAAAUGUUUCACUGCAGACUCAUAAAGAACGUGGAGGACUGACCUGUGUGGCUGCAUAUCUCCACAUUUUGACUGGGAUGUUAUUCUUUAAUGCAUUGUUUUAUGUUUAUGAUAAAUCUCAUGCGGAACAGACGAGGCGAUCAGUAGAGAUUGACUCUACAGUCACAGAGCCACAGCGAACAUCAGGUCAUGCCAUUGUGUACAUGCUGGGGGCAGUGGGUCUCAGUUUUGUGAAUUCUGUUGCACUGGCAGUAGAACUGAUUCUCAAAGCACGAAAUGGUGAGCGUACAGUGGAAGACCUGCGAGUCAUUCUCAUACCCUCUGAAUGUAUCUUUGCUAUAUGCUGCCUUAUGCUACAAAUAUCUGCAUUCUGGCGGACAAACAGAGAAAACUUGAUGGACGAUCUAAGGGACUUGUGUCAAUUGUUUGGGUGUAAACAGGCGUCAGUGGACUCACCAGUACACAAUCAUGAACUACAGGCUAUACCGUCUACGGAAGCUGCUCCUGCUCCUUAGGAGGUAUUGAGGAAGUAUUGCUUCUUGUAUACAGACCACCUAAAUGAAGACACGUUAGGUUUGGAGCCAUCUGAAGGACACGGAUGGAUCUGUGGUUGUGAUUUCUGCUCAAAGGAACGUCAUGUUUGGUACAUACAGAAAAUCCCAGCAGGUACUGGGCCAACCAAAGACACUGAAGCAGUCUCUACUUGGACAUGAUUGUUCAGUGACAUGGAACAAAAUAUGAACUUAACAGCAUUAAGAGCAUUUAGUCUCUAACGCUGGUACACUAAACUUGCCAUUCCACUACCAUGCCAGCCUCACUGCUGUGCUGAAUCAUUCACCACCCGAAUAAUAUCUGGUCCUCAUCAUCAUCAUCAUCAUCGUUAACCGUGUAAUCCAGAUAGGGGCGUGGUAGCAGUUGGGAGAGCAGAGAAUCCCAGAUGACCCUGACCCCCUGGACAGGGCUGUGUAAUAUCUGGUCCUGGGGUCAGAAACUGACCCAAUGCUCUAUGCUGUCCCAUCACCUGGGGAUAGAAAAAUACUGCACAGGGAGAUAUGAAAUCGGUUUUGGGAUGAUAAAUUUGCACGUUAAUGUCUGCAAAAUUUACAGUGAUGAAAUAAUGAACAUGCCAGCCAGACAAGUCACUACAAAGCAAUGUUUAAUGCAGAAACCUUUUUUAUGCUUUAUAAGUAGGUUUUGCUACAGUAUUACUAAUUUCCACUAGUCCCCCUUUGGAAUUUGCAUGGGUAAGUUAGCGUGACACUACUAGUAAUAAUAUAUGUUUACAUCUGAUGGCAGCUAUAAUCAAUACAGUACAAAAUGCACAAUUCAAUGUGCACGACAUUACUUUUUCAUAGAGAUAUGCAGAAUGUGUGUCAGGAUGUAAAGCAAAACCUCUAUUACACCGUUAUUUUGUUGCUUGAUCUCUUCACAGAAAAACACUAGAGGACGAUUUGCAUUUAAAAGACAAAAUACUGAAUUGUCGAAACUGAAUACAGUCGACCUUGAACUAUAAUCAACACAGCUAUUUUGCUUUCCACAGUGUGAUACUCCAAAUGUAUAUGCCUCAGUCAGUGCAGGGCAGUCACGGUGCAAAAAGUGUAAUGCAGUAUGUCCUCCUAAUGUUUU